AUGUCAUCUCCGUCGGAUUCCUCUUCCUGCACAUCUGAAAGUGAUCUAGAAAGUUUUACAGUUGAUGAAGUGAUUGGGGAAUUGUCUGAAUUUGCGCCGAACGACGACAGUUGCGAACCUCUUGCUGCCGAGGAAGAAGCCGCGGACUACAACGAAAGAGUUCAUCGCGAAGAAGAAGAGGAACAACAGUUUCAACAAAGAUAUUCGGGAGAGGUGCCAGCGAAUGAAUGGUAUGGUAUUAUGAUGGAAUGUAGAUUUAUAUUUUUAUUUUCCAAUUUCAAAAUACCCGUCGUUAAAUCGUGCGCGUGACGAACGCGACUAUGUGUUUUGUUUAAGUUUAAGUUACAAUUUCGUUGCUAUGUGAUUAGCUGUAGUCCUGAUUUUAUGUGAUAGUUUUAUUAAAGCGGUCAGACAAUAAAUAAUUUUAUACAGACGUAUUUUUCUUGUGUUUGACGAAUUUUUCACAUUAUUUUGCAGGUGUUCGUGCUCGAACUGCUGUGUCAGCCUUGUUACAAAAGCGCAGGAGUGCAUUUGCUGCGAAGAGAUAGAUCGCUGCGAAGAGGUCAUGGAAGAAGCCAUUGGAGACCGGACCGUAUGCAGAACCCUCCAUCCAGGGUUUGAAAGCGUCUGCUUAAACCGCCACGUAUUACAAGUGGCUGCACUGGGCCUAAAAACACGAGCUGGAAAGUCGUACACAACCGUUCGUGGGCAAAACAACAAAAGUGAUGAUGAGUAAGUUGGGGUAUUGUUGACUUUGUAUCGGAACGAUCGAACCUUACAUAGCAUUGAGUAAUUGAUACAUCUAAGCUUAUCGCCGUGGACUGAUCUCAUAGAAUCACAUUUUUUUAUUUUCUAAAUGGCUUUAUUGCCCCGACUGCUUAUUUUUAAAAGGAGUAUUUAGUUAUCUCCAUCCAAUCCAUCCUUGAAUUAACAGUGAUCUCAUUUCUUUAACUAUUUUCCUGAGGUCUGUGGCCUAUCGCCAAUUUACAAGACUACUGUGGAGUUAUAUUGGUAGUUCCAGGCGAUACCCCUUGCCCUGUUGUGCCUACAAUAAAAUCAGGAAACAAUUUCCGAGUCAAAAUGGCCAUUAUCAUGGAUUCGAAGAUGAAGAAAAUGAAUAA